CUUCUUCUUCCUUUUCUUCCUGAUGGUGUGGCUCAUGGCGUACGGAGUAGCCAAUCAGGCUCUGCUUUACUCGUAUGACGCGAGCUUGGAGCGCAUCUUACGCCGGGUUUUCUACAGGCCGUACUUACACAUCUUUGGACAGAUCCCCGUGGAAGAGAUGGAUGUUGGGAAGCAGUGGGACAUGCCGUGCACAGACAACAUGACACUGAUUGAGAGCGGUCAGGAGCCCUGCAGGACUCUGCAUAGUAACUGGCUGGUGGUGAUUCUGCUGGUUGUUUACCUGCUGGUCACCAACAUCCUGCUCAUCAACCUUCUCAUCGCCAUGUUUAGAGCCCUGUUGAAGGUCACAUAG